GUCAAGUUGUGGCAUUGCUUUUAGCAUUUACUGGCCGGCUCAAUAAUGAUAAUUAAGAUGCAAUUGAAUUGAAUUUUAGAACCCUUUUGUAUAGCAGCAAUGUGGUUUAUAGGAAGAAUACAAGCUUUGGCAGCGUCUGUCUUGGUAGCUGCGUCAUUGCCCUUCGGAGUUUAAAUCAUGCACAAUAGGUGUUUCCCGCCUCUGAGUAACGGGCCACACUUGUCUAUCGUUGCAGCGUCAUGUCAGGAUAUGAUGACUUAUUGACGUCCUCCAAUUCGGGCUUUCAGGAUUCUCUGGAAGAUAACCCUUUUGCCGAUGCAACCUCCCACAACUCUAAUGUCGCCCAGUCCAUGAUUGAACCUAGACAAACUUCGACAGAAUCAACCGCUGAGCAGGCGGAGGAUUACAGCCAAAUGUCAAAAAGUCUAAAUAAUCUAAGCAUUGAUAAAUCGCCAAGUACGCAAUAUAGUUCUCAGGACACUCCUUAUGAACAGUACGAAGAAGAUAAUGAGCCCAUCACUUCUGAGUUUGACCACACAGACAGUGUACCCGAAAGUGGAUCUCGUCCGUACUUCGAGGUCAGCGUGGAGGAACCCCAAAAGGUUGGAGAUGCUAUUAAUGCUCACACGGUGUACAAAGUUAGAACAAAGACCAAUUCAUCCGCCUUCCGCUCGAGCGAGAUGGUGGUGUCCAGACGAUACCGCGACUUCCUGUGGCUUUAUAAUCAACUGACAGUCGGCAACCCUGGUGUUAUUGUGCCACCUGUACCGGAAAAACAUGCUCUUGGCCGAUUCCAAGAUGAAUUUGUGGAAUCCCGUCGUAUAGCAUUGGAACGAUGUCUGAGAAAAAUUGUUGCCCACCCUAUGCUUUAUGGUGACCCUGACCUGAAAGUUUUCCUUGAGAGCGAGUCCUUCAAUAUUGAUAAAAAUCAAAAACGAGCUGAACCAGAGACGCCAAAGGUCGGCUUUAUGCGUUCAUUCGGAGAAACAAUCUCCAAUGCUGCCACGAGUCCAUUUACAAAAUUUGUUGAGGUCGAUGAAUGGUUUGAUACCCGAAGAAACCAGUUGGAUAUCCUGGAUGGUCAAUUGAAGUCAUUGUUGAAGAGUGUUGAAGCUGUCGUCAAGCAACGAAAGGACUUGGGUACUGCCUCUUAUGACUAUGGUGAUAGCAUGAUUGCUUUAGCAACCGCUGAACUUAAUAGACCUCUUUCUGUUCACUUGACUGUGCUGGGCGAACUGCAACAGAAGAUGAAAGAUUUGCAUGAGAAGCAGGCCAAGAACGACAUUCUGACUCUUGAACACACGAUUGACGAAUACAUUCGAUUGAUUGGGUCUAUCAAGGUUGCAUUUAAUUCAAGAGCCAAAGCCUAUCAAAUCUAUCAAACUACGGCAAGCGACUUGGCCAAGAAAAAAGCAGCAUAUGAAAAACUUAAAGUGCAACCCAAGACUCGACAAGAUAAAUUGUUACAAUCAGAACAAGAAAUCACAGCGGUACGGAUUAAUGAUGAUGCACAAUUUACGUAUGGUUUUUUUCUCAAGCUAAUUGUCGUCAUGUAUAGGGGGAGCAAAAGGUUGAAUCGUACCGAAAGGAGUUCGAAGAAAUUUCUAAGCUUAUCAAGAGUGAACUCGAUCGAUUCGACAAAGAAAAAGUAGAAGACUUCAAGACCGGAGUGGAAAGCUUUUUGGAAAGUAUCAUUGAGAACCAGAAACAGAUAAUUGCAUUAUGGGAGUCUUAUUUUGAGCAAACUGCAGACUCUGAAGAACCAGAACAAGAGCGUGAAAUGGCUUAAGUGUAUAUUCUAUCUUUCAUUCAUGACACCCAGUCAAUAAUAAAGCAUCCAGCAACGCAAAGAAAACAUUACCACUUCUUACCGGAACAGCGAUCUGGGGUUGUUAAUUGAAACCAUG